GUGAGAUUUAUAAAUUAUCUUCGAGUUCCCGUAAACUCCAUUUAUAAGUGCAUCUACCUACAACACUCUACUAUGCAUUUCUCAAAAACCCUCAUUACGAUAGUAGCAGCUACUACUAGCCUAGUCAUCGCCGAUCGAAGACGCCCGUUUCCGGAAACCGACCCAGACAUGAUACGAGAAACUAUCACUCUACCAGUUAUAAAGGAGAUUAAAACUCUACUCGAAGACCCAGAACGCAAAAGUCCAGUCCAAUGGAGAAAAAUAUACUAUCAAGCCGGAUAUUACAACGUCUGGGACCAGAUUUGGGCUGAAGUCAUACAUGGGUUUGACCGUAUUAAACUACCGACGUAUCUGGAAACUAUAAAACCUACAUGUACAGACGAGAAGUUAGCUCAAGAAGACUAUGAGAAGGCUCUCGCAGGGGCUUUCACUGAGGUUAUAAAUACCACAAAUGGUGAGCUGUCCUUCGACAGGUUUAUGAAAUCAGAUAAUGGCUCUGUCAUGGCCUAUGGAUGCAAUAGCGGCUACAGGCAGACUGUACACCUCAGCGAUCUCAUAGCCAUUCACGCCGCAAUCAAGGAGUCAUGUGGUGACAAAGCCGGUUCUUUCGAUAUUGGUAAAUGGCGCGUAAAGUAUGGUGUUUCAGAAGCUAAAUGGUAUCCAUGUUAG